AGAAGACGUAGUUUUUGCGUAAUGGCCAUGGCUUCCACAUCCAAAUUAUUCUUCAUUUUUGUCUUAUUCAUCUUCAGGAUCGAUCCCAACUCAAGCUACGAGCAGCACCCGCUUGACCCUCUAAGCCCAGAAGAAUUAGACCUCACCCGAACCAUCGUGAAGGACUCAUUCCCUUCCUCAAACACCACCACCUUAACCUUCCAUUACGUAGGCUUAGAUGAGCCUGACAAAUCCUUUGUUCGUUCUUGGCUCGCCAAACCCACCAAGACACCGCCACCCCGACGAGCUCUAGCCAUCACUCGCUUCAAUAAACAAACCCAUGAAUUUAUAAUAGAUUUGGCAAACCGCUCCAUCAUAUCUAAAAAUGUUUAUGCCGGAUAUGGCUAUCCUACACUUGGUUCGGAUGAACAAACAGAAGCAAUUCAGUUGCCAUUAAAGUAUGAACCUUUCAUUGAAUCCAUUAGAAACAGAGGUCUUAACUUGUCUGCCAUUGUUUGUUCUGCAUUUACAGUAGGGUGGUUUGGUGAAAUUAGGAACAGAAGGGUGAUAAAGCUGCAGUGUUUUCAUAUGAAUAACACUGUUAACUUGUACCUUCUUCCAGUAGAAGGGAUCAAAAUAGUUGUUGAUCUGGACGAAAUGAAGAUUAUUGAAUAUAUUGACAGGGAAAAGGUUCCAGUUCCAAAGUCUGAGGGAACUGAUUAUAGAUUAUCAAAGCAGAAGCCGCCUUUAGGUCCACGUAUAAAUCAAGCUGCCACCAUACAACCUGAUGGGCCUGGUUUCCAGAUUGAUGGCCAUAUUAUAAGAUGGAUGAACUGGGUUUUCCAUUUGUCAUUUGACUCACGAGUUGGUCCAGUAAUAUCUGUAGCAACAAUUUAUGAUCCAGAAAAGCAGAAGCAUCGCAGUGUGUUAUACAGAGGACAUAUAUCUGAGCUCUUUGUGCCGUACCAGGAUCCGACAGAAGAAUAUUACUUCAAAACAUUUUUUGAUUCUGGUGAAUUUGGGUUCGGUCAAAAUACAGCUUCACUUGUGCCGCUCGUAGAUUGCCCAAAUAAUGCAGUAUUCAUGGACGGCUACUACGCCGGACCAAAUGGCCAACCGGUUAAAGUUCCAAAUGUUUUUUGCAUAUUCGAAAGGCAUGCAGGUGAUAUCAUGUGGAGACACACUGAACUUGGCAUUCCUGAUGAACUGAUAACUGAGACAAGGCCAGAGGUGAGUCUAGUUGUGAGGAUGGUUACCGUAAUCUCAAACUAUGAUCAUAUACUGGACUGGGAGUUCAAGCCAAGUGGUUCUAUCAACAUUCAGGUUGGUUUGAGUGGAAUCCUGGAAGUAAAGGCGACAAAAUAUACUCAUUCAGAUCAGAUAAAAGAGGAAGUGUAUGGGACAUUUAUAACAGAUAAUACAAUCGGCCUGCAUCAUGAUCAUUUCUUAAGCUACCGCCUUGAUGUUGAUAUUGAUGGAGUUGAGAAUUCAUUCAUUAAACACAAUUUGGUAGCAAAAACUGUGACGGACAAUACCACACCAAGGAAAAGUUACUGGACAGUUGUGAGUGAAACAGCAAAGACUGAAUCCGAGGCAAAAAUUCGUUUAGGCCUAGAGCCUGCUGAGUUGGUGAUUGCGAAUCCGAACAAGAAAACUAAAUCUGGAAAUAGUUAUGGUUAUCGUUUGAUACCAGGGGCAACGGCACGUUCACUUCUGUUAGAGGAUGAUUACCCACAAAUAAGAGGUGCCUUUACAAAAUACAAUGUGUGGGUUACUCCAUAUAACAAGUCUGAAAAAUGGGCAGGAGGACGCUACGUUGAUCAAAGCCAUGGCCAAGAUACAUUAGCUGUAUGGAGCCGUAGGAACAGGGAGAUUGAUAACAAGGACAUAGUGCUAUGGUAUAUGAUUGGAAUCCACCAUGUCCCUUGCCAAGAGGACUUUCCACUGAUGCCUACAUUAAGCUCUGGGUUUGAGCUUCGGCCCUUUAAUUUCUUUGAAAGGAGUCCAGUUUUGAAGGUGAUACCUCCUAAGCCAAUAACCUGGGCUAACUGCAGCGCCAGCCUGUAGUCUGCUUUGCUGUCAGAACGAGCAACUGGAAAUAUAUAUAACUUUCAAUAAAAUUUCUAAGAAAUAGUUUAUCAAGGCUCAUGAGUGAUCAUUUAUAUCUGUUUUGGAUGCUUUUGUGGGAAGAGCUUAUAGAUAUCAUAAUAAGAAGUCUGCAGCUGUUGAAGCUGAACAUGUUAAUAAGGUUGCUGCUGAAACAGAAUGUGCUUGAUGAAUUCAAAUUCAAGCAGUUGGCAUUUUAUCAGCAAAUUGAUCGUUA